AUGACCUCUUUCUCACCGCCUCAUGACUUUAUUCUAAAGUGGCUCGAUACUUUGGAAAAGACCGAUCCAGAAGGCUAUAAACGCUUGAUUGAUACAAUACAAAAUCAAGUAAAGACUGCAGAAAUGGAACGAACGGAGGAUGUCGUUAGUGCACGAAAAGGUGAUAUUGAUGCAGAAAUGUACAAUCUGCUCAAGGCCUCUGCAAGUGAACGGAGAACGACUGCAGACACAAACUCACUAGAGUUUAAAUCGAGAUUCUGUGGUGAUAAGUUCAUAAGAGAGGAUGGCUCGAAAGAUACACAGGAAGGGAUGUACAUUGAUGUUAAGCCUGGUUUUGUGUUGAUGACAAACGACACUCAGAACAAGAAGAAGGUAUGGACAGCGAUUCUGUUUUUUGCCGACGAGAUCCAGGUGUUUUCAGAGAAGACAAAACUGGAUGACAAGGGCAAAGAGCAAAAGGGAAUUCAUGUGCCUUUGAGUCUAGGUGCACCUCGUGAGGUUGAGAAUACGAUGGGAGUGAGUUCACUGGCUUUUGACGUAGCGGUAAACACGAAAGCCGUAGAAGACUGCAAAGUAGAUAAAACAGGCACCUUCCGCAACUUUGUUUGUGAGUUGGCGAUCGAAUACAUUGAUCUAAAGUACAAAAUCAAGCUGGAUGGUCGCUACAAACUGCCGCGUUUGACGUACCGUGGAAAACUUCCUCCACCAAGGCACUAUAUACGCAAAGCGCAGCCACCAAUCAUCCAAGAAGUUACACCGGAAAUUACGGCAGCGUUGAAGCAGGCUUGUACGUCGAAAUCUACAGCACAGAAAAUAACCAAGGCAUCAAGCAAUUUUAAGAUGGCUACGGCUCGUUUUGACAUAUUUGAGGAACGCAAUGGUGAUCGCGUAGUUUGUCAACGAUUACCUUCUGUUAUGAAGGGUAGCAUUCCGUUAUCACCCGCGGUACUGGAGCUAGCAGGGGAUCGUUUAAUCGUCUCCGUCAAGUUUGGAAACAAUGUGCGGGCGGCUAGAGAUGUCAAGCUCGAAUUGCAUGCCGAGCUAUUGAGUGUUAAAACCACCACGCACAAUGAUUUGGAAAUUUUUCUUCCAUACCCUGUAGAUAGGAACUCGGCGAGGGUUUGCUUCGAUCCGGCUCGCAACACAGUGGACGUAAUACUCAUAAUCGACAAAUCCUGGGAUACUCUAGGGCCCGACUGCGGUUCAGCUUCAUGGCUUCUUGAGCAGGAGUUAGCCAAAGAAAAUGAGGCAGUCGCAAAGUCUAACACCAAGAAGCCAAAGACACUGGUGGAAAUGUUCCAGCUUGCGAACGCUGAAUCAUCGAACGACAGGAACCGGGCUACUCGACAGUUGGGCCCUGUAAUAGAGGACGAUAAGGUACCGAAAAACCAAUCUCAUCGCAAGGAUGUGAUGAUGUCUAUGCAUAGUUUGGAGCAGCGGCGCAUCGAACGUGAGCAAGAGACAAAGCAACCGGAAGCGAAAUGGACACAAAAAUGUGAUGAGGCAGAGGAAAUGCAGGAAACGACACAAGAGAACGAGAAGUCAUGCUCCGAGAUGUACCCGAACGAAUUGGAAUCAACCUACAUCAAUGUGGAAGCUAUCGUACGACAGGAGAAAUCGAGACUCGACCGCCAUCAACAACAGCAAAAAGAAGAAAUUGAUUCCGAAAAAGAGUAUAUGCAUACGGAGAAGGCAAAGCGAAUAGCAGCCAAAUGGUCCCGAAACAAUAAGGACGGAAGCCUAAAUCUGCAAUCUGCUUUGGCAUUUGGUCUGUACUAA